CUGACCAAAGGUGUCUGCGGUGGGGAACGAAGGCGCUAUUGUCCUUUCCGGGGAGUAACGCGUUCACCACCACACCAUGAUAUCGCAAAUAGGACGCACUUGCCCAUUCACGAUGUGGAAUAUCAGAUCAUGGAGAGCAUCCACAACAACGACACCGUGAUACUCGUUGGAGAAACUGGCUGCGGGAAGAGCACGCAAGUGCCACAGUAUUGCGUUCGCAUUGGGCUGGCUAGAAACGGCCGUAUUGGGGUUACACAGCCCCGUCGUUUAGCAGCCGUCUCCUUGGCAGAUAGGGUAGCUAGGGAGAUGAAUACUUCAGUGGGACAACAAGUCGGAUAUCAUGUUCGAUUUGAGAAGCAGAUGUCGAAGACUACGCAGAUUUCUUAUCUUACCGAUGGUAUUCUACUCAGAGAAGCUAUUCAUGAUCCUUUUUUGAAGGAGUACAACACUAUAAUUGUGGAUGAGGCGCAUGAACGUAGCCUUCACACUGACGUUUUGUUAAUGUUUAUAACUUUUUUCGAUGUGUUACGUUUGUGCCAACGUCAGCGAAAUGAGUCUAAUCUACAUAAACUUCGUAUUAUCAUAAUGUCUGCUACAUUGGAAGCCAAAUUGUUUUCUUGGUAUUUUAAUGAUGCUCCAGUUUUCAUAGUAAAAGGGCGAACGUUCCCUGUUGAGGUUUUCCACGCGCAGCUUAAUCCUGAAAACUCGGACUAUGUCUUCAAUAGCCUUGUAUGCAUCAAGGAUCUUCAUCAACAGGAGCCACUUUGUGAUCAUUUCCUUGUGUUUCUAACUGGAAGAGAAGAAAUCGAGUGUGCUACAAAAAAACUUCGAGAGCUGAACCGGCAUUUUGAGAAUCCUAUCUAUCCUGUUCCUCUAUUUGCUGCAUUGAGCAGCGUGGCACAAUUGAAGGCUUUCGAACCGCCACCAGUGGGUCAUCGAAAGGUCGUCCUAGCUACAAAUAUUGCGGAAACUUCACUUACUAUACCUGGAGUACGUGUGGUGAUUGAUUCUGGCAAAGUUAAAACAAGGUAUUUUACUGCUAGCGAUCGCAUAGAUGUGUUGCGAGUUCAUGAUGUGAGCAAAGCACAAGCGAUACAGAGAACUGGUCGAGCAGGACGGGAAGCUCCUGGAAAGUGCUACCGCCUUUAUCCACUCGAGCACUUCGAAAAACUGCAACUUUGUAGUGUUCCUGAAAUUCUUCGAAGUAAUUUGUCAGCAGUAGGUUUGAAUAUUUUCCAUUCAGUGUCGCUACGGUACAUUCCUGCUGUCCACUUCCUCCUUCUGAGUUGGUGCUUCAAUUUUAUCGAUUCCUCUAUUUUCAGGCAAGCUUUGGCAUGUGGAUUAUUUAUGAACGUUUGUGAGUAUGAUCGGCAAGAGGACCGAUAUCGAUUACUGGUUAAGCCAAGUACGACUCUGAAAGUUCAUCCUUCUUCAGGACUUUCACGCGUAGGUCUUUUUUCCUCCUGCCAUCGAGUAUACUAUAACGUGGGAGAUGUGUUAGUGUGCAUAGCAAUACUGUUUAGAAAUGAACUUGAUCUUUUGCCUGUCAUAUAUACGUAG